AUUAGCGCACGCUCCCUCUAUCUGCGCGCUCCACCCGCACAUACGCAACAGCUGCUGACUUCCAUCAGCUUCCAUUCCCCCGUAUAUAUUCUAGACUCUCUGCAUCCUCGUCCAAAAAUCGAUUGUAAAUUGCCAGCGGAUCUGGCGCGCGGCCACCAGUUCCCUCGGCAGUCGCGAAGCAGCCUCUCACUCGCGCUCACCUGUUGAUUGUCCGCGCUGCUGUUGCUUCUCGAGGAUAUACUUGCACAGUGCUUACGGUACCCAAUGCAGGUAAUGUGUACCUGUAGUAUCAUAUCACGCUUAAUUCAAAGCCGUCAAUUAUUGCUUUUAUCUUGCUCUUUUCUGUAGCUUGCUGUUGUUAAUGUAUUGAUAAAGAUAAAAAGUCAGUUAUAUCGAGUCGACGAGCAUGCAUUUCGGAAACUAGAUCUUAUUCCUCGUUUUGCCUGGCAUUAGUUCACGAGUAGUAGCCGUACUUACUUCCCACCUUCGUUACGUCGAUACACAUUUUUUCCUUACCGCUCGCGCGCCUUAAGGCGAGCCUUUGUCUGUUAUUGUGUCUGUUUUUUAAUAUACCUUAUACACCUACUUUACGAGCGACAAUUGCAAAAUCGAUUCUUUUCUUUGUGUAUAGCCGCCGCACGUACUUAUAUUCUAUCGUCAUAGAAAUUCGAUGCGCCCGUAUAGCAAUCGUAUCCGUGCGUUUUUGCGCUGUACAUUUUUUUUUUCCCCCAAUCAAGAACACCCAUACUUACUGCCUGUGUGGAGUUUUGUGAGAAUGGCAUGAGUCACGUAAUUGCAUUUUUGAAUUAACAAACUGAGCAACUGGCAUUGAAUAUUUCUCUUGUAGCACCAAACCAGAUCAUUCCAUAUGUCUAACGAAUACCCAUAUGAGUAUGAGUUGUGUGAAGACAUGGAUAAAAUAGGUGAGCCUACGCAAACUGAAAACCUAGAAGGUUUUAAUAUUUUAUUCUGGACAACCGAAGCUGUUGGUGGAUUAUUAAUAAUAUUAGUGGCAAUAUGGACUGCUCACUAUCGAGGUGGUUUCUCUUGGACCUCAAAUCCUGGCUUGGAGUUCAAUUGGCAUCCUCUUUUGAUGACAAUUGGUCUUGUCUUUCUAUAUGCUAAUGGAAUGUUAAUAUACAGAUCGCAAAGACAAAUUCGCAAAAGGCGCCUAAAGUUAAUCCAUUCUGGAAUUAUGAUCUUUGCAGUAUUAUUAACGGUUGUAGCACUUGUUGCAGUGUUUGAUAGUCAUAACUUAAACAAAAAAGAUGGUGUUCUAUCUCCGAUUCCAAAUAUGUAUACACUACAUAGUUGGGUGGGAUUGACCAGUGUGAUUCUAUUCUGUUGCCAGUGGCUUGCAGGUUUCUUGUCGUUCCUUUAUCCAAUGGCUCAACCUUCUUUACGCGGUGCUUAUUUACCUGUACAUGUAUACUUUGGUACAGCUGCCUUCAUUGGAACAAUUGCUGCUUGCUUGAUGGGUUUGACGGAAAAAGCAUUCUUUGCUCUUCAAUCAUCAUAUGCUGAAUUACCAGGUGAAGCUGUUCUGGUUAACAUCAUUGGUCUUGUUUUUGUUAUUUUUGGUGGUCUUACUGUAUAUAUAGUUUCUCAAGAAAGAUACAGAAGACUUCCUCGCCCUGAAGACGACAUACUUCUAACUGGUAGAAACGAAUGAGGAUAUUAUUCUCUUAAGUACUUAUGAAUCACUCAACAAAGCAUCAGCUUAUUUAACUCAAACGUAACUAAACAUUUUUAUUAUACUUUAUUUUAAAUCAACGUAGUUGCAUACAUUAAAUACUUUUAGAGAAUGUUUGUUGUGCAACAUUUAAACUCUUUCAAUAUUCAUAAGUUUUAAGAUCACGUGACUCAUAAAUUAACUCAAAUCGUAAUUUCGUACCACUAAAAGCUUUUGAAUCAUAGUUUUAGUUAUAUUUCCACAAACUAAACAACAAUGUGUAUUUAUGUUACGUUCUUGCCUUGUGAACUGCUGACAUAUGUUCAAAGUAAUUGACCCAAAUGGUGCUUAAACAAUGAUCUUUUUUAAAUACAUAUUUUUAUGUGAAUAAGUCCAAAGAAAUCGAAAGUAUAAACAGAAAAAAUAAGAAUUGUCUUUCAUGUAUUAGGUAGAUUUUGUAUUGUACAUUACUUUUUAUUGUAUAUGGUGCUACCUUAUAAUUAAAACAAAGUGCUGAAACAAUAUAUAUAUAUAUAUUAUAUUUACGA